AUGUCUAAGAAAGUUAUUGUAUGUCAAAUCUCACCCGCUGCUUCUGAAAAAACAGUUAAGGAUUUUUUCUUGUUCUGUGGAAAGAUUAAAGAAUUUGAACUCAUAAAGGAAGAAAGUAGCGAUAAACAAAUUGCUUAUAUUACAUUUGAACGAGAAACUGCUGCAAAAACUGCUUUAAUGUUGACAAAUGCUGUUAUUGGUGAUUCUCAAAUAACCGUCAAACCUUCUGAUGGCCCUGCAGGCAGUGAUGAUGAAGGCCAAUGUGAUGAAGGUAUAAGGCAAGAAGAUAAGCCAAAAACUGCCAUUUUCGCAGAAAUCUUGGCUAAUGGAUACACACUUCAAGAUACCAUUAUUCAAAAAGGUAUCGAAUUUGAUGAAAAGUUCGGUAUUAGCUCUCGUUUAGCCCAAUACUUGCAAGCUAUUCAAGAACAACGUAAGUUGUUGGAUUCAGCAGUUCAAUCAUUUGAUAAUAAAUAUCACGUCUACGAUACUGUCACCGGCAAGGCCACCGAAAUCGAUAAUAAAUUUUGUGUGCAAGAUAGAGUGAAAAAUGUAGCAUCAACGAUUCAAGAUAGAGCUAAUCAAGCUUUAGAUACUCCUCCAGGCAAACAACUUUACGAAUUUUACACGUCUACUACAAAACAAGUAGCUGAUGUUCACAAUGAAGCUCGAAGAAUUGCUAACGAAAAGAAAGCCGCUCAAAUUGUUGUUGAUACCUCUGCUCAAGUGAAAGCUGAAACUCAAUAA